AUGUCAAACAAUGCUAUAGGAAUUGGGGAAAUUUCGUGAAAUAAAUAUCAAAUAAUUGGUGUAAACGUAAAAAUAGAAUUAAGAUUAUAAUCGAAAACAAAAUGUUAAAUUUACUAUUUGUAGUAACAAUACUAGUCGGCUUACUAAAUGGUAUAUUUUCCAAGAGCGUAGAGCUCACGUUUGAGUUACCCGAUAGCGCAGUGGAAUGUUUUUAUCAAGAAAUUGAGAAAAAUACAUCAGCCUCUUUAGAAUACCAGGUUAUUACAGGCGGUCAGUACGAUGUUGACGUAAAAAUUGAGGCUCCAAAUAAACAGAUUCUCUACCAACAGCAGAAAAUGCAGUAUGAUUCCCACCAGUUCACUGCUGAACAUACAGGUGUCUACAAAGUGUGUUUUAGCAAUGAAUUCAGUACAUUUUCCCAUAAACUGGUGUAUAUGGAGUUUAAUGUUGGACCAGAGAAGAAGCUACCGGGAGUUGGAGAUCAUGCAACUGUCCUAACACAGUUGGAGACUUCAGCUGAAGAAAUCCACUCGGCGCUAAAUAGAAUCAUCGACCAUCAAACCCACCAUAGGCUAAGAGAGGCUCAGGGCAGGAAGAGGGCAGAAGAUCUCAAUGAGAGAGUUUUCUGGUGGUCUACUGGCGAAACUUUAGCUAUAGUGUGUGUGGCAUUUGCCCAGGUUAUGAUCUUAAAAAACUUUUUCAGUGACCGACCAACUUUAUACAAUAGAAUGUAAUAGUAAAUAUUUUAUAGUAUAAUAAUAUAUUGUCAUGAAAUAA